AUCUGGUUGACGAGUCGUUGAUUUGGCACAGGACGAGAUCGACUUUGCAAAGCUGCUAGUGUGGAAUUGUACUCUUUUCAUUGUAUGGUGUUUUACCGCUUUGCUUUAUUCAGUUGGAAAUUGGAAAAAUGUGUAUUGGAGAGCUUGUUGGAAUAGGAAAAAAGCGCUCACAGACAAAACUAGAUAGCAUAGUCAACCUUGAUGAGUAUAGUUGGACAAAUUCCACUGGAGGGGACUUGGAUGUUUGGAAUAGCAUUCUACAAAGUGCAGAUACAGACUCUGUGCAGAGCCCCAGAGAUAUUGAGAGUAUUCGUCAGUUGAUAAGACAAGUAUGUCGUAGAAGACGCCCGGGGAGACCACCACUUUAUGUAAUAAGUGAAACAGGAGCAGAAUUGAAGAAUGAAGAAGAAAGAAAAUUUAUGGAAAAGAUACUUAAACGAAGAAUAAGACAGAAUAAGGCCUACAGACGCAGGAAAGAACGAGAUGCCAAACAGAAAGCAACACGAGAAAGCAGCCAAGAAGUUGUAGAAUAUACAGCUUCCGAGACUGUUUCGAAGACUUCAGAAGCAAGUAUUUUCCACUUUGGAGAACAAUUCUUCGAGCAAGGAAAUAUACUUAGUUUCGUAUCUGAAAAAGAUGGCCGUUGUGAUAAUAGAGAAACACAAGAUACCUCAAUAGGUGAAGGAGCGGAAGAGCAGGAAACAGACGCAAAUAGAAGAGUCUCACUUGAGGAAGAUGAAUGUCUUCAGCUGAGAUACUUAUGGAAAAUGGAAGAGCAAUGGAAAGGAGUUUCGCUUUCGGGUGGAUCGUUGGCAACAAUAAGAUUAAUAUUUGAGAGAGUGCGAAAGUCUUACUUAGGACUAAGUAUGUUUCUCAGAGAUGCAUAUAAAAGUCUUUCCAUAUUGCCUGGCUACUUUGAUUGGCGAACAGCUUGUUUCAUCAUUGGAAUUUCUUCUACUAGCGAACAACCAGGCCACGGCAUUCUUCAGUCUUUGUUGCGUGAUCAAAUACUUCUAUCAGAGAAAGGCUUCUUUCUCAUGGGACCUCUGGAGAAAUCUUUUGCUUUGAAUAGCUCAGUCGUGCGCAAUGAACCCCAAUAUUUAGCUGUUAUGAACAAAGCUAAAGAACGUUUUGUGGAGUAUUUCCUUAGCAAAUACUUUGACAUAAACGAUUAUUUCUUCUUGCAGAGAGCAACGGCUAAGGAUAUCAUUCUAUCUAUAUAUACAAAUGAAAAAGUAAAUAUGGACUACUGCUUGAAGCUGAUAGUAGAAAACGAUAUUGCUAAAAUAUUAGACAUCAAUCUAUUGAAUCGUUGUGUUCACUUCUUCCGAUAUUGUGCUUCUCCUGAGACCUUGAUUGCAAUUUUUAGAAAGGCCCUGCAUCAAAAUGCGUGCUCUCAAUCUCUGUUAUUAGAAACAUGCACUGAAAGUAAUCAGAUUGCUAUGACGACUUGCGAUUGUGCAGAUAUGAUGUGUCCGGAUUCUUGGGAAAUAGAAGCGAUAGCAAGGUUAAAGGCAGCCAUAGGAGAAGCCUAUUGCAACAUUGGCGAUGAAGAAAAAGGAGAAUAUCUAUUGCGUCAAGCUGUGGACUUGUGUGCUGUAGAAAAACUAAAUACUGCGAUAAAUGUUCUUUAUCGCUUGGGUCUACGAAAUAGUCCUUUUGUUACCGUUGCACUUGUGAGUGGCAUACUUCUUGACGUGCAGCUAGGCAAUAUGAACUUUGUAAAGGAUUCCAUUGCAGUGAUCGAAGACUUGCCAAUGACCAAGGAAAUUCCGGAAGUUAAUGCAUUUCUAGGUUAUUUAUAUCAAUGGCAGGGUAAAGGGGAUGUAGCUCAACAUUACUUUCAAACAGCUCUUGAAGUUGUCCAGAGGAAAGAACUAUCGAGAAACAUCUCUGAGUUGUAUAUAAAACACUGCGGAGAAUCAAAUUUGGAGAGUGUCUUGCUUGAGGAAAUUGAAGAUAGCUGUGUUGAAGAAAAUAAGGAAACUGCAACAAGUGUUUCGAUAGGCAAUUGCUCGGAGGAAAAACAUCAAAUAUGUGCAACUGAUUUUCAGGACAUCCCAAACUGCAAUGACGGCAUUCGAUGUUUCUGCUUUGAUUUUGGAAAGAUUGGAAAGUCAUUAAAAAAGAUGCUUUCUUUCGUUUUUUCUGAUGAGGAUAGUUCGGGUUACGACAACACUUGCGUUGAUGAUUUGUUGAAGGAUGAGGAUGACAAGGAAAUACUCUUUAACCAUCCUUUCUUUUUAGCUUGAAUGUUUCUUUAGUUGCUUUCUUGAUCGAUAUAAAAUUGAACUUCUUUAAAAGUUUCACUCUAUUUUGU